UGUGGGAGGACCCGGCCCUGCGCCGGGAGUCCAGCCAAUCAGCUGCGGCCUUGCUGACGGACGACGCUGUCAUGGCGACGCCAGAGCUGGAGGCCGUUGUGGCGGAGAGCGUUCGGCAACUUCUCCACUCUCUGGCUCGCUUUCCCCAGCAGCUUAACCUUGGAGAAGCUGUAGUGAAAGUUUCUGUUGAUUUAAACAAACUUCAGAGUCUGCCAGUACUUGAUCCAGCAAGCUUAAGUAGUAUGCUUCAACAACAUGUGCUUGAUUUACAGCGCAUUUCAGACAAGCUUGAUCUUCUCGUUGGAAAUGGCCCGUCUGGACAUCAUGAAGCAAUGCUGCCUGCGAAGUCUACUGGUGAUCCAAAGAAAGUGGCAGAAGGCUGCAAGCCCAAUUCCAAUGAAGCAAUUAGUCUUGAAACAAAGGUGCGGAAUGACAUAGAAAACAAACCUGAAGGACCAGAAUCAGCAAUUAAUUCAACCGAAUUUGAAUUGGUGCAGAUUAAGGCUAGCAGAGAUGAAAUAGAAAGACGAAUAUCAGCAUUCAUAGAGAGAAAGCAGGCUGAGAACAAUGAAAACAAUAUCCGUGAAUUUUGCAAUGUUAUUCAUUGUAAUUUAGAAAACAGCUGUGCUAGAACGGAUGCAGUUUUCACUCCUCAUCCUGGCUUUAAGAGUCAUGUUAAAGUUUCAAGAGUUGUGAAUACAUAUGGGCCACAAACCAGGCCUGAAAAUGCAGGAGAAUUUCAGCAGAAAUCUGACAAUGUGAAUCAAGACUGUGGUAACCCUGCUGUUGAAGAAAGGCUACAAAAUAUGGAAGCCCACCUGAAGCUCCAAACAGGCGGUCCUGUUCCAAUAGACAUUUAUCGAAGGAUCAAAAGGCUUGAGGAUAGAAUUCUUCAUUUGGAAGGCCUUUCUCCAGAAUAUUUUCACCAUGUGAAUUUUUCAGCUAAAAGACGAAAAGUUCAAGCAGCUCAGAGCUACAGCCUGACUGAAUUAGAUGAGAAGAUUCAUGUGCUGAAGGCUGUACUGUUGCAGAAAGCGAAUGACCAGGCUCAUGCGAUGGAGUCAGAGAAGAUCUCUUUCUGAAGUCAAUUUUCACUCUUGAGAUUUAUGACUCGACUGAUGAAAACUGGUUGAAAUAAGUCAGUGAACAAACAUCGUGGGUUUUUUUUAAAAAUAGAGACUUGUCUUGCAGCAAUUGUAUGGGAAUUUAUUGACAUUUCCUGAAGUAUUUUUCUUGAGUACUUAAUCAAAAUUCUACAGAUGGCAGUUUGGCGAGAUUACCGUUGAUAAUAGCAAGAGUCUAGUAACCGGAUAAAUAAAAAACUUUCUCUUUUCAAUAAAACCCAGCUGUCACUCUUAAGCAAUUUUUAGAAGGGAGAUCUUCAUUGUCUGCUGGUAGAACAGGAAGAAAUGUAAGGAUAAAUGUCUUCUGCACAAAGUCAGAAAAAACGGUGAUAAAAACGAUCUAGAAUAAAUAUUUUUUGUACAUAAGUAGAAACAUUCUGGCGGCACUAAAAUUUAUCAUCAUGACUAAAUUGCAUCUUGUUUCAGCUACAUUUUCAACUGCUGUAGUCAUCUUAUUCAUUAUUUAUGUAAAUAUUGUGUACUACUGUAUAUUGGUUCAAUGUUAGUUUCUAAGUGGUAUAAUAAAAUUUGCCCUUACCAUUUAUU